CAAACCCGUACAAUUACAACUCGAAAGUGCCGAGCUGUGUCAAAUUGCUACAUUUUCCACUUCCAUUCGACUCGAUUCGCCUCGUGGCAACACUAAAGCUCACUAUCGAUAUCACGGUGAAUCGCAACUGCAACUUGGAAACGUAGCAAGCUACAUGCCGAAAUGUCUUGACCUCUCUAGACUACCCAAAGCUCCAGGUCUUCGUUCAAUCAACCGUCGCAAUGUAACGCCUGGCUCCCCUCUUCCAUUACUUUUCCCUGGUUCUGCAUCGUACAGCCCCGCCCACGCUGUUGACCCAACGCACCCCGCCACUCGGUGGAAAGCCCUCGCGUUUCCACAUUUCUCCUGCCCUGCAUUCAUGCUACGCGCUGUACCCAAGGGUGCGCUCUUGCGCCCUGAUUUUGAAAGGCGCUUGUCUCGGGUGGACUGCUCUGCCAUGGUGCUGCGGGGGGAACGGAAGGACGGUUCCAAGAGACUAGAUAUGAGCAUAUUCUUUAUGAUUUCGAAAAAGAAUACGAAUAAAAGGGCGGUGGUGCGCAACAGGAUCGCGAUGCGCAUCAGGUCUGCUUUUGAGCUCAUUGUUACCCGAGGCGCUGAUGCUGAGCCGAAAGACAACGUCAAAGGCAGACCAUUGGGCAAGGAGUGUGGGCCUGAAGAAUCCUCGAGCGUUGUUAAAAAGCCCAAGAAAAAAAUUGAUCGUUCGGGUCGCGAGCUAAAACUUGCAAGUUUGGCAUCGUCAAUCACCCCGUCUAACCUGGGGCUGGUAUCGAAUCCUGCGCCUACCAAGCAUCUGAUUCUUCAAGACUGGACAUAUGUUAUGUCGCCUUCUCUCCUGAGUUACCGCAUGCCCCUCCCUGAUCUCAUACAACACCUCCGUGCAGGCCUCGAGAGCAUUCGAACGCAGUCGAUGAAGCUCAAUGUGCAGUGGGCAUCGGACAAGAAACCAACGAUCAACCCGCCGUUUGCCCACAUCACAAGCAAAGAACCUGAGGUGGACUGGCGGCACAUUGCAACUGACGAAGACGAUCUUCCUGUGCUAUUUGACCUCUAUAAGCCGGAGCAUGACCUCGUCAAGGCGGGAAAAUACAUCGAUCCUCAGAAACGGCCUGUCAAGCUGUUUUUCCCAACAUCUCCGUCGUCUGGAGAGUCACCUUCUGCUUUGGUCGGAGAUGAUCAGCUUGUCACUCCUCCCAAAUCCGCUGGUACGCCUAUUCGGCUGGCCUUAGCAGCAAAUGGGCCAAGUCAUCGGUCCUCCGGUUCCAUUUCUGAUUCCUCGAAUACCACCCUACCUAUUCCUUCUACAUUUAGAAUGGGUGCAAUGGAACGUCUAGCGGCUAUGAAGAACCGGCCUCUGGUUGUACCGGGUCGUAAAGUAGAACGAGGACUUUCUUAGAAUGGAGUAACGCAGGAAUUGCGGAUAUCGACAAGAUGGAUUACCCAGAUUGAUACUGCCGCAUGUACACCAUAUGAAACGCAGUCAACUUACUGCGAAUAACACAACAGUGCCGAACAGGCUUGGAUGACCCUUUCCUUGCCGCAACCGCCUCAGGGUGUUACUUGACAUACCCACAUCACCUUUCACACCUCACAAACCGUACCAUGAUACCCUCUUCGCAAAUUUUACGCCGUCAGCAACAUAUUAAACGCCUCCAGGAACGCCACGUCAAAGUCGAACACUGGAACGCCCUGCAAUCC